UUUGCACUGCUUGUCCCUUGCAGUAUUUUGUCUGCCUGCUGCGCAGAGUUUCUCCCUGUUGAUUGAACAGAUAAAGGUCCAAAGAAUUAAUGACUGCAAGAGUUACAUCCUUUUUCCAAGGCUCCUGUGGUGCUCAUGCGACACAUCUGAGAAACCAUGAAAUUCUUGUCUCUUGCUGCCGUUAUCUGGUGUGUCCUAGUACCGCCAUCUGAGGCCACCAAGAGCUUUGAGGACAUCCGCUGCAAGUGCAUCUGCCCCCCAUACAGGAACAUCAGCGGGCAAAUUUAUAAGAAGAAUGUGUCACAGAAAGACUGUAACUGCCUGCACGUGGUGGAACCAAUGCCCGUGCCAGGAAAUGAUGUUGAAGCCUACUGCCUGCUAUGUGAGUGCAAGUAUGAAGAACGGAGCACCACCACCAUCAAGUUCAUAAUCAUCAUUUACCUCUCGGUGGUUGGAGCCCUGCUUCUCUACAUGGCCUUUCUGAUGCUGGUUGACCCCUUGAUCCGCAAGCCCGACGCCUACACCCAGCCACUGCGCAACGAGGAAGAGAGCGAGGAUGCCCAUUCGUUGGCAGCCGUGCGACCUUCUGCCAGCACCAGGGCAAACACGGUGCUGGAGAGAGUGGAAGGAGCUCAGCAACGGUGGAAGCGUCAGGUGCAGGAGCAGAGGAAGACUGUCUUUGAUCGGCACAAAAUGCUCAGUUAGAGCUCACAGGGAGUUCCCACUCCUGGAGGGAACAGCCUCUGUGGGUUAGCUGCGC